UACGACUGAUAAACCCAAACGAGAAGAAACUACACACAGGACAGACUUUCCUCUUACGAAGAAGCAGAAUCGACUUCAAUGAAGAUGGGAGAAAUCGCAGAUCCAGUCCAGUUAAAGGAAGAGGGCAACAAGCACUUCCAAGCCGGAGAAAUCGACAAAGCCAUUGAGUGCUACACUAAAGCCAUUAAGUUCUCUAAAGACAAGAAGGCGCUGGCAGUCAUCUAUAGAAACAGAUCAGCCUGUUUCUUGAAAAAGGAAAAUUAUAACAAUGCAGUAUCAGAUGCCACUAAAGCUAUCGAUGUGGAUGCCGCAGACAUCAAGGCUCUGUACAGAAGAUGUCAAGCGCUCGAGAAGCUUGGCAAACUAGACAUGGCCUUCAAGGACGUCCAGAGAUGUGCAACCUUAGAGCCGAAAAACAAGACGUUCCUCGAGACCCUCAGAAGACUCGGAGCUGAGAUCCAACAGAAGCUGAAAACAACCUUCUCAACAGACUCCAGAGUACAGAACAUGUUUGACAUCCUAUUUGCAGAUGAAUCAGAUAAAGAAAAGCAAGAAAAGGCUGCCAACAACCUGAUUGUCCUAGCCAGAGAGGACGCGGGUGCAGAGAGAAUAUUCCAGAACAACGGUGUGCCUUUACUCAUGCAACUCAUUGACACAGGAAAACCUGAUAUGAUUCUGGCUGCCAUACGAACCCUGUCAGGAAUGUGCACAGGCCACAGAGCAAGGGUGAGGAACAGUCUGAAGAAGAUUCUGAAGGUCUGUGGUCAGGUUCCAGACCUUCCGGAUCAGUUGCCGUUGACGGAAAACACGCAGCUGAUUGCUAGCGUUCUUCUCAACAAGGUCUACGAUGACUUGCGCUGUGACCCUGAGAGAGAUAACUUCAGAGAUGUCUGUCUGAAGAAGAUUCUGAAGGUCUGUGGUCAGGUUCCAGACCUUCCGGAUCAGUUGCCGUUGACGGAAAACACGCAGCUGAUUGCUAGCGUUCUUCUCAACAAGGUCUACGAUGACUUGCGCUGUGACCCUGAGAGAGAUAACUUCAGAGAUGUCUGUGAUGAAUACAUUAAGAGUAAAUUUGACCCCAACGACAUGGACAAAAACAUCCAUGCCAUCAAUACUCUAUCAGGCCUUCUACAGGGGCCUUUCGACGUGGGCAACGUCCUUGCGGGUCGUCAGGGUGUUAUGGAGAUGAUGGUGGCCCUUUGUGGUUCCGAGCGUGAAGUGGACCAGUUGGUAGCAGUGGAGGCCCUCAUUCACGCGUCCACCAAAACCAGCAAAGCCUCCUUCUUCAUCAGCAAUGGAGUAACUCUGCUGAAGGACAUGUACAAGAAAACUAAAAAUGAGAAGAUCAAGAUCAGAGCCCUUGUGGGUCUGUGUAAACUGGGAUCCGCUGGAGGAGAUGAUUACAGCAUGAGACAAUUUGCUGAGGGCUCCACUGAGAAACUGGCAAAGCAGUGCAGAAAGUGGCUCUGCAACCCUACACUUGAUGUGCGUACCAGGAAAUGGGCGGUUGAAGGUUUGGCUUACCUUACCAAUGAUGCUGAUGUAAAAGAUGACUUUGUUGAUGAUGAAGCAGCCAUGAGGGCCAUGUUUGAACUUACCCAGUCAAAAGAUAAGACCAUCCUAUAUGCUGUCGCCUGCACCCUGGUCAACUGCACCAACAGCUAUGACAAGAAAGAGAUCAUCCCUGAGAUGGUGCAGCUGGCCAAAUUCUCCAAACAACACGUCCCAGAGCAGCACCCGAAGAUAUAUGAAGUUGUGCGACCGCUGGUUUCCUUGCUAAACACUGAACGAGAUGGUUUGGAAAACUUUGAAGCUCUGCUGGGUCUCACAAAUCUGGCUGCCUUGAAUGACAAACUUCGAGUGAAAAUCCUUAAAGAAAAAGCUCUCCCAGAGAUUGAGAACUACAUGUUUGAGGAGCAUGAUCAAAUCAGACAAGCUGCCACAGAGUGCAUGUGCAAUCUGGUUUGCUGCAAAGAGGUUCAAGACAGAUACCUGGAAGACGGCAAUGAUAAACUCAAGCUUCUUAUUCUGCUCUGCGGUGAAGAUGAUGCGCAGCUUCAGAGGGCGGCUGCUGGUGCACUGGCUAUGCUCACCGCCGCACAGAAGAAACUGGCUGUUAAGAUUACUAAAGUGACUGGGCAGUGGCUUGAGAUCAUACAGAGAUUGUGUAUCCAUGACAACCCUGAAAUUCAGCACAGAGGUCUUGUGACGGUGUUUAAUAUGCUGGACGCUGAUGAACAACUAGCCAAGAAGCUCAUUGAAUGUGAAUUGCUGGAGAUCCUGACAUUUGUGGCAAAACUAGAGGACAACCCCAAGAAGCAGGACGCUAUUAAUGCUGCUCGCGCCUGCCUGUCCAGAGCCUUGGAUAGUGGAUUUAUCAAACCGUUUUCAAAUUAAACAGUUCAUUGUGAUGUGUCAUUAGGCGAGUACAGAAUGGUCUGCUUUCUGGGAAAGUGGAAAGACUGCAAACCAUUUGCAAGGUUUUCUUUUUUAAAUUUCUACCGCUGAGCAUAGUUCUUUUUGUUAGAUUAACUGUUUGUGUGGCUGUUUGUUUGAUCAGUAGAAUUUGGUAUUUAUUUAACAUGCUCAUUUCAUAUUUCAUGUAU